CUUUCCCUAUGCCUUUAUCUCUUCCACCAUCUCCAGGCUCAACCCUUUGGUACCAGGAGAGAAUCCACAGCAUCUCUCUGUUUCUCUCCCUUUGCCACCUUCCCCAGCUUUUCUUUGCUUCGCUAUCACUACAAGCGGGGACUUGCACUUUUUCACCAACAUCAUCUCUUGCAGCAUUUCCAAGCCACUGGCAAUGUUUUUUUUAUAUAUAUAUAAAUAAAAGAGAUAAAGAAGGAGUUGGGACAGAAGGAUACGAGGUAUAUUUUAAAUCUGAUCUUCAAGGACUGGAAGAAAACUAAACAUUUAUUUCCCUCUACCCCAGUAAAUAAAUACAUACAUAAAAAGAAGAAGGGGACGCAUCAUUAUUCCUGAUUUACAGUACUGUGUGCCUGGGAAUAGAAGAGACAUCAGCUGAACAAAGCCUAUCUCUACCAAACAAUCUCACUUCUGAGCCAGAUCAUAUCAGAGACCUGCAUAUCAUUCUCUCUUUACAGGGGUAAGCCAAGGAGUACAACAUACAUUAAAUCUUAUCCCGACCAUCAUCUUUAUCGAUUGUGCUGCUAUUAGGAAGGAGAGGGGGGAAAUAUCUUGAUUGUGUUUAUCUCUGCAUCUCUUUUGUUAUUUAUCGAGACCCGGGAGGAGGAAGAGAAGGGGAAAACGGCACUUUUCAACACAUUCUUCCCUCCCACCCCCCGCGAAACACACCGGCUACUGAUAUAUUAUAGAUCUCUGGGAGAAAAAAAGACUCUGCUGGGGAAAUGUAUUUCUAAUACGUCUUAAAUUACCUACGUUGUUAUUUAUACUCUCCAAAAAUUAGAUAACAUCUUCCAUUUCUGGACUUGCGAGGCCAUCACAAGGAAUGAGAUCUGCCUUUUCCAAUUCAGAUAGAACAACUCGCUGCUUUUAAUUUAUUUUUAUUUUUGAUUUUGAUUUUUCUUUUUAAUGUUCCUCUCCUGGAGUUUCGAACUGUAAAAGCACCAGGGUGGGGGAAAGGGGGCUUUAAGAAAGACUGUUGCAAAGACUCAGGCAAGCUUCCUGCAGCUCCACUGUUUGUUUUCUUGACACAUUCGCUGGCAUAUUGAUAGACUUUUAAUCCGUGUGGAGGUGUUGUAAUAAAACAACUAGCUACAGAGAGAUCUGUAUUUUAGACUCUGAAUUCCCACUCAGCCUUCCCUCAAACGAAGCCCCUCAAUGUGAAAAGCAUUUCAAACAGGCUGAAAGCUUACCUGACACCUCACCCUUUAUUAUUAAUUAUCCUGAUUAUUUUAUUUAAAAUCUUUAAUGUGUUCUGAAUCAUGCAGUCUUUCGUUUUGAAGAUUUUUUUUUGCAAACUGGUUCUGAGUAAUAAAAUAAAAUAAUAAUAAUAAUAAUAUUAAUAAUAAUAAAUUAUUAAAUGCCCACAGUAGUUAAGAUCAUAAACUUUACAUUGAAAUAUUUUGUAAUCCUAAUUUUUGUGGUAGGAUGAUGUAUUCCCUCCCCCACCCCACAUUUGUGUCCAAGGUUAUUCUCUAGUUGCCUGAUGUAUUGUUUUAUUACAUGCCGGCAUGUCCAUAUGAGUUCCUGGAUUUGUAUUGCUGUCUACAUGACAGAUGGUGUUCCGUGAAGCUGCAAGAAGAUACGAUUCAAUUUUCUUUUGAAAGGCACGUCUAAAUUCAUUCAUUUAUUUAUAUAUUUUAGAAGGAGGGAGAGAGAGAAUGAAAAGAAAUGUGAAAGUUUUUUUUUAAACCAUCUUUAAUAACCUGGAACCCAGAAAUAUCCCCAUCCAAUCAGUUACUCUGACGCUAUAGAUUCAAGAAAAUUAGCAUGAGAAAGCAGCCCCGCAUUGUAGGAAGAAUAGAAUAGAGGAGACACAUUAGAUCCUAUAGGUUUGAUUGUAUCUCCCCCAUACUUCCACACUGGCCUUGUUAUGGUUAAGGGGUCUUGAGUUAUAUGUCUUUCUAUUUUAAGCCAUCAAAUCCAUAUUGGAUUCCAUUUCCCUGUUAAGAAAAAAAAGUUUAACAGACAAUUGUUAGAGGGGAAAUACUGUAUUUAGAAAUGAAAAAUCUAUUUAAUAUUUGGAGAGUAGGUGAAUUAUUGUUUUAUUAUUCUUUUAUUUUGUUAUUGCUCCCUGGGCCUGUUUCCACAAGCAAACAAACUAGGAAAAUGAUCAGAGGAAGAAUAUUCUGUAAAAGCUGUUGACAGCUGUUAGAUUGUAAAUUAUAUAGUAUGGUUCAUUGUUGUUAUUAUUAUUCCUGUGAUCAUUGGUAGUAACCCUUUCCACUUAAUAAAAGAAUGGAUUUGAUUCCUCUAUAGAAAUCUCCCUGUUAUAACCUAGGUAAGAUCUAAUGUUUAUCUUUUGUAUUUUGUAUUUUACCGAGAUGGGGGUUGUUUUGUUCAGAACCAGUUAGUUGGGAUUUACAACCCCUUGAGAGAAGUAGGGAGGAGGCUCAGGCAAGGGGAAGGACAUUGGUAAUUAUUAUUAAGUAAUUAAUAUUUAUAAUUAUUUAUUAUAAUUAUGUAAUGUUAUUUUUCAAAGCCAGGUAAAGGGAGAUAUAAUCAGAGGCUAGAGGGCAUGGUUCUACUCUGCUGUAACACCACUGAAGUCAAUGACACAAAGCUAAAACUGACACAAGUGAGAGCAGAAUCGAACCCCAGUCUAGUUUGGUUAGACCCAACCUGCCUUUGUGCCCAAACGCAUUGUUGUCUCGUUGUUAUCAACAGGCCCUAUCUCUAGCGGUCUCCUGGUUUGAUCUGGUGUCUCUUUCUCCUUGGGCUAAAUUGUUCUCCCUUGCAACGGUGUCAGUCUGGAGUCACUCCCGUGCCUUGGCUAGAACGACUCCAGCAGGGUACACCAGCGCGUGUCAAGAGCACAAUGCGGCCCUGUGUCCUGACCUGGGAGGCGAUCACCGGCUUGCUCUCCCCAGAGCGGAGGGGCACCGUCCCUGGCACUUUCAAGGCCAGGGAGUGUCAUUCCAGCCCGGCUUGGUACUGACAGAUGAGCUCCGCGUGCGGGGCGGGGCUGGGCCGGGCUCCCAGACCCUCGCCCAGGGGAAAGGGGCUUUGCCUUGUAACAGUAACAGUGUGGACUUUUCUAUUUUGUGCCUUCCUCCUUCCCUUAUCCCUCCCCUCUUCUCCCCCGCCCCUUCCCCUGUCCGUGUCACUGAAGGGUCAUUUCCCCACCCCACCAAAAUGAUGCUCAGCCCGGACCAAGCGGCGGAUUCCGAUCACCCCUCCUCGGCUCCCUCGGACCCGGAGUCCCUGGCGGGGACCGACGCCAAGGGGCUGCUAGGCUGCUGCGUCUCGGACCCGGAGCCGGUGGAGGAGGGCGGCGGCGAGGGCAAGGGGGGCGGCCGGGCGGCCCUGCACCCCCAGCAGCUGAGCCGCGAGGAAAAGCGGCGCCGGAGGAGGGCCACGGCCAAGUACCGCUCAGCCCACGCCACCCGCGAGCGGAUCCGGGUGGAAGCCUUCAACCUGGCCUUUGCCGAACUGCGCAAACUGCUGCCCACCCUGCCCCCGGACAAAAAACUCUCCAAGAUCGAGAUCCUGCGCCUGGCCAUCUGCUACAUCUCCUAUCUCAACCACGUGCUGGACGUGUAGGGGCUGGGCCGCGGGAGAGAGGGACCGCGGAAGCACUGAUGGAGGAGAAGGAGGCGAGGCGCACUGCCGGGAGGUGAUACUGACAAGGGGAGACACUUGCAACAUAUUCCACCUGGGGAAGGGAGGGGGCAUCCUGGGGGCCCUCUGAGCCCUUCCUGGCACACCCUGGGGUGUAUCUGAAUCUUUCGGGACAGCUUUGGGGGGUUCCCCCAGGGUCUUUCGGGUCAGACAUUGCAGAUGCAUCUGCGUUUUCCAAGACAGCUGUAGGGCGUGAUAACCAGCCAAGAUCAUUCAUAUCAAUAGACCAACUCGCUGUCUCCUGCAGGGCUAGCUCCUUUGGAAAUCACUCCAGACUUCGCAGGUAACAUUUCAUUGUCCUCCCUUUCUUAUUGAAGGAGAGCUCAGAGCUCUGAUGGCUCUAGGGGACAAAAGCUCCGAAAUUAGAGACUUUUUUAUUUCUCCUCCAUGAAAAUCGCACAGUGCCCUACACGAAAUGCAAGAGACGAGUUUGUUUUUCACACGAGAUCUUUUACAAUUAGCCUCCAAUUCAGCAAAGCACUUAAGCACUUGCCAGGUCAAGGGGACUUUAAAACGGGCCUAAGUUCUGCAAGCUUAAGUGCUUUGCUGAAUGAGGACAUUAACGACUCAGAAGGUAAAAGGAAGCUAUAAAGAACAUAAAAAGGGAAAGGGCAGAUGCAUUUCCAAAGUCUUCUGGGGGUAUAUAAAAAUAUACUGAAUAUUUUGCAAGGUUUUCUUUUUUUAAAUCAUUUCCCACCUAUACCGCAAUGUGGAAGAGCAGUUUGGUGACACAAAUAUAGAAAGUCCAGUUUUAGAAGGAAAAUGUAAAAUCAGAUUGUUUUUCAGGCUGUCAAGUGCCCCUUUAUAUAUCCAAAAACAUCUACUUGUGACCUUAAACAUGUGACCCAUGGGUGCAGUUAAAAAUAACUAUUUUUUAUUUAAGUUAGAAGGAGUAGACAAUUUAUUUUUUUCAAGACCUAUUUAUUUUUCUGAGUGGUGGCAAUUUUACUUUGGAUACUUUGUGCCAAUUGGUUUAUAUAGUCGAGUGUUUACACUUUCUCCUGUGGAAUAUUAUGUCUAACUUUUCAAGUGUUUGUUGGGAUCAAUACAGUGGUUAUUUGUUUUUUGCUCCAAUUAUAUUGCACUUGUAUAUGACAACCUUCCCUUCCGCCCUGUUUCUAAGUAUAUUUUAUAUAUUAAGACAUUUGUUCUUGAAGGAUUUUUCUUUUUUGUGUGGGAUCAACACUAGCACUUCACUAGAGGUUUUUUUUAAAAAUACUUGUUGUUAUUCUGAAUUAUAGUUAUGUCUGAAAAGUACUUUACAAACAGUUUAUAAGGGAAGUAGUUUUUUGUCUGUGUGUGUGCGUGUGUGUGUGUGUGUGUGUGUGUGCGUAUGUAUGUGUGUGGUAUUUUUUUAGGAAAUGACUUUUUUCCUAAAAAAAUAAAAAAAUAAAAAUAAAAAUAAAAAAAAAUCCAGGACUACUUUCCUUUGUAACAACCAAAAAAAUUCUAUAACCUGAAAAUGUUUCAUGUUCUCUGCUGUGAAUCUCUCAAAACAAGGAGCGCGUUUUAGAGACAAGAAAAAAGAAAAAAGAAGUCUGCGAUCCAAAGAUUUUAAUCUUUUUCAGGGUUUUUUUGUGUGUCUUUGUUGCUUUAUAUAAUGCAAUAUUUUGUAGUGAAAAUAGAUAAAUCUGGUUUCUAUCUGACGCGUUUUUCAUAUCUCUCAUGAAUGGUGCGCUGUUUUGCAUAUAAAUAAAAGUAUCAAAUAAAGCUGGUUUUUCCUAA